AUGAUGGCGGUAUUAUACUAUUUUGGAUUAUAUAGCAUACUGAUGAUAUUUUCAACAAUAUCUUUAGCUCUUUCAGAAACGUCAUGUAAUCCGGAAUAUUUCAAAGAGCAAAUUAAAGACUUGAAAUUAGACACCAAAUCAUUAUCUCAAUAUGAUCAAUUGAUAUCAGAAAUUACACACUGUCUAGAUAUUGAUGAUGAGGAUAAGACUAACCAUCAAGAACUACUGGCAUUGAUAAACAAAUUACAUUAUAAUUCAGGCAUUAUCCAAUUAUCUGUAGGCCAUGAUCAAAAGGCUAUACAAAAUUUCGAAAAGAUAACUGAAAAGACGAUAUCUACCUACCAAGAUUCAUAUACCACAUUGGCUUCGAAAAGACUAAAUACUCUAUACAUUCAAUAUGGUGCAUGGGAUCGUCUGCAUCAUAAUGAUCAACUAUUAUCCGAAGAUGAUAAGGACAACUUUGAAAAUUUCAAGACCCUUAAUACGACCCUGUACCAAGAUAGAAAUAUAUAUGACGAAGAAUCCUUUAUCAAUACGUUAGCUUCAAUGCUAGAAAUAUCACCGUAUGAUUUCGAGCUUAUUCUGGCAUACACUCAGGUUUUAUUAAGGAAACUAUCUUAUGACAUAGACAAUGUAUCAAUUGCACUUCAAAUUUUGAAGAACUAUGAAAUAUUAUUACAAAAAAAUGCAAAACAAUUGAAUAUGAGCCAAAAACUAUCCAUACAUUAUUAUAGUUCCAUAAUUCAAUUAUUUAUUUUAAAUUCUGAACCGACUCAUUUGAGAAAAUGUCUCUCCAUUGAUAUGGAUAAUAAAUUAUGUAGAGAUUUGACUUUGUUUUACAACAGAAUAUCCAAAAUAAAUCCAAAGAAAUCACAGAUAUUAGAUCCGCAAGUAUAUUCUACAUUAUCUUCUGAUUUAAUUAACUGGAAUAAAAUUGAGGAUUUUUAUUUCAACGAUAAGAAGCCAUGUAUCAAAUGGACUACUGAACCAAAGAAAGAAUUCCAAAAUAAUUAUAUUCAAAUUGAACAAUUCAUUAUCGAGACAUUAAAUAAAUUAUUCAAACAAGAAAUUCCAAAUUCCUUACAACCGUCAUCACAACUUUCAAUACCACCAAUUACGAUACCCGAUCAUUAUGAAACAACUGACUUUAUCAAAUAUAUAGACUCCAUAUUAUGUCAGUCGUCAACGACAACUUCAUCAUCAUCUAAAAAGAAGAGUAAAACUGCUUCAUUUUGUAAAAAGGCAUUGAAAGAGUCACUCACAGAAAUACAAUUCAAAGAAUACAAAGAAAUUUUAUCAAAGAAUGGCAACGGAUUAUCAAUUGAGUUUUUGAAAAAUUCAUGGAAUUCAUACCCACAAGUAACUAUGUACAUGAUAAACUCCAUACUAAGACAAAAUAAAAAGCCAUCUAACGAACUCAUCGAAAUAUUGUUCAAAUUCUUCCAUGAUGAAAAAUUAAUGAACUCUUCAAAUGAGUACGUUAAGAAACAAUUUGAUCAUGUUAACCGUCUGAAUGAAAAAUUAAAACAAGCAAAAUAUCAACAGCAUUUCAAUCAACAACAACAACAAAGGCAACAACAACAACAACAAUGGAAUUUCUACCAACAGCAUCAGCAGCAACAGCAACAACAACAACAGCAAGGACAAGCUAUUGCCACAGAUAAAGACUAUUAUAAAAUCAUGGGAUUAUCUAAAGAUGCAGCUGCAAAAGAUAUCAGGAAAACUUACUUAAGUUUAACUAAGAAAUUCCAUCCAGAUAAGCAAGGUCAAUUAUCUGAAAAGGAACAAAAGAAAAAUCAAGAAAAAAUGUCCGCCAUUAACGAAGCUUAUGAAGUAUUAAGCGAUGAAAAUAAAGGAAAGAAUAUGAUUUGA